GUGACGCGGCUUAGAAGGCAAAACAUGCGUCUCUCUUUGUAGUCUUCGACAUUUUAUGUAGUCCAAACGUGGAGAGUGGCCUGUCCUCGUUGUCUCGGAUGGUUUCUAAGGUCGUUUUGGGUUCGUGAGUUCGCUCAGGAGCUGGUUCUGUUCGGUCGCGGUUCUGUUGGAGCGUCGGGAUGUCGGUUCUGAGCAGCAAAGCGCUCCAGGAGCAGCUGUCCGUCAUCCUGGGAGCGCUGACCAAGGCGGCGCUGGUGGAGAUCUGCGAGCUGGUGGAGGAGGGCUACUGUGCUCUGCAGCUGGAGAUCAGCCGGAGUCACAAGGAGAACCAGGACCUGAAGAAGAAGCUGCACCUCAUAGAGUCCAUCGUGGCCAGGGGCGGAGAGAGCAAGGCGGCGGCUCCGGAGGAGGGAACCGGAGGGACAAAGGCCGCUGCCCGGGCAGAAACACCGCAGGGACAGCGGGACAGGGACAGCGGGGAAGCCGCUUCUGGACCCGGAGGAGCCGCGGUGGAGCUGGAGGAGGUUCCAGACGUGGUGCUGAUCAAAGAUGAAGACUCAGACGGAUACGACAGCAUAGAAGACGCAGAGAGGAAGCACCUUGAUGGGGGGGCGUCUGCUGCAAGCAAAGAGGUUCCCAUGAUCAGGAGAAGGCGACGCCGCAGUCGCGUCUAUGAAGACUCUGACACGUCGUCCUCUGAGCAGCUGGUGCUGAAAACACCCCGAGUGGCCGCGGGGUCGCAGAAGACCCCGCUCCUCUACAGCCUGGACUCCCCUCGGAGCGAACCGGGCCGCUCGGCUCGGCUCCUGGAGGACGUCCAGAUGAAAGUCAGCGACUCGGUUUGUUCCUAUCCGGGUCAGAUGGACCCGGAUGUCCACCUGGUUCAGGACUGCUCGCUGGUUCCUCCGGGUCCAAGCAGGCAGGUCUUUUUCAGCAGCAGCAGUCUGAUGGAGGCUCAGCCCACGGCGAACAGAAGCAACCUGGACAUGAACCUGGAGCCAGCCUGGUCCAAGCAGACCAAAGGCUCCAUGUCUUUUGCUCAGUUCUGUCAGAAUGAGAACAUGGAGGGUGAUACGUUUGGGCUGAAGCUGGUUGGCAUCUCCGGCCCGGGUUCUGCGGACGCCAGAAGCCCCGCCUUUGAUUAUGAAAGCGGCGGUAGCGUGCUGAACUUCGGCCUGUACAAUGACCCGCCGGGCCAGUCCCAGCUCCCCGCGGGGGAACCAGACGAUGACCCUCAGAGGAAGCGCUUCGUCUGCUCCAUCUGCAACAAGACAUACGCCACGGCGCAGAACCUGGAGGUCCACACCCGGAUCCACACGGGCGAGAGGCCCUUCGCCUGCGACCAGUGCGGAAAGAAGUUCACGCAGUCGGCCCACCUGAGGUCCCACCUGAACGUGCACACGGGCGAGCGGCCCUUCAGCUGCACGCUCUGCUCCAGGAGCUUCAUGGUCAAGUACAGCCUCAAGCUGCACAUGAAGAAGUGUCACCCCAACAGCUGAGCCCGUCCGCUCGCUCCAGAUUUUACUUCAACAUUUUAAGAAUUUAGCUUUCUGCAUGUUUAUAAAAUCAAACUUCAAACUCGUGGUUCCAGGUUUUUAUGCAGCUCUGUAGCACUUUAAUAAAGAAUUCUGAAUUGAUUAGAUUAAAUGAGUGGAAAUGAACAGAUUAGGAGCCAAUUUAGAAACAAGAACUUACAGGUUCCUACAGAGCAUCCAGAAAGUAUUCUCAGCUUUUUUCUAUUUUCAGUUACCUCACUGGCUGCUGCCCACUUGGGUGUAGAAACACUGUGACACUGUGAUCUCUCUAAGUUACUCUAGCUGUCCAGAAGCACUAUAAAACAGAGCUUCUUCCGCUACAACUCUAUGCUGGACACUCGUCGCAUUCAAACAGAUUUUAUUUCUGCUAGUAAGGGACAGCUAGCCUAACGUAGCACUGGCAUGUCUUCUCUCUCUUUUCCAACUCUUUCUAAAUCUUCCUCUCUCCUGCUCUGUGUCAGAUGUCCAGUUAUUCUCUGCCUCCUUUAGUGAUAAUGGCACGUGAAAUAAGUCUAUUUUUAGCUCUAUGUAUUUUAAUACAGAGCUGCACACUUUGAAGCAUAAUGCCAGGAAUCGGGAGAGAAAACGAUGCUCUACAUGCCUACAGUGAUCAGUAAACAUCUGUUAAAAACCACAUCACACAACAACCCGCUCAGUUAAUAUAUAGAUAUAUUUACUGUGUGAACGUGAAAACGCUUCAGUACAACUUAGUUUAACACUACAGUCAUGUGACACACCACAGACCGGUACUAACAUGGCUGCAGAUGGAGUCAUAACCACGUAGACUACUCUUUACGUUUAGAAGAUGAACUACGAUCAGUGCGCACACACAAAUAUGCUAAGCUUAUUUUUACAGAACUGAAGUCAUUACAUUUAUUAUGGUUGAUUUUUAAUUCUUGCCUUUAAUGCUUAUUAGAUUGUUGGCUGGAACAUCUGAACGCUGAACUUUAACUCCAGUUAACUAUAAUAUCUAUUUUGAUUUGUGAUCAGUACAUGGUUGAAUGAAAUCUCCCCAAUAAUUGUCGGGGAGGACAGAAAGUUGCUGAUUUCCAUCCAUUCGGUGUUAGUCCAGUUCAUACGUCCAUCAGAUUUGACAUGCGAUUUCUAGAGUCGACUUUAAGCAGAGCAACAUUAGAAAAGCUCUUCUGACAUGUGCAUUUGAUAUAGGGAGGGGGAGGAGUUUAUUUGCAUCAACCGCUAAAUCCCAGAAGCAGCAAGGUUCCCCUUCCAACCAGAAUGCAUCGAUCGUCAGCGCGAGGUUUAUCUACUCUAGUUCUCUGCUCUAAACACCCUGGCAGAUAACAUUAGCUAAUCAGCCCACAGUGAAGCUAAAGCCUCUCCUUUAAGAUUUUUUGGGGGGUUUUUUGUGAGGUCAGAGCGCUCUGGAGCAGGUUUUCAUCCACGUCUCUUUAUUCAUCUUUCCCUCCAGCCUGACAAUUCCUGCUGCUGAAAAACAUUCUCAUAGCAUGAUGGUGCCACCACCGUGCUGCACUGUAGGGGUGUUACUGGCACCCGUUUUUCCCCAAACAUGUCCAAUCUUUGUCUCAUCAGACCACCAGAGGAUUUUGCUUCUCACAGUCUGAAGCUCCUUCAGGAUGCGGUGCCUGAUCGGUGGAUUGCUGCUGCUUCUAGAAGGUUCUCCUCAGAGCAACACUGGAGCUCUAUUAGACUUGUUCCGAUGGCUGAGUUUAGACAGUCGUCAACCAUCCUGGUGGUUAGAGACAUCAGUGGAAACAGUUUGGAUCUUGGCUCGAUUUCUUUGCAAAAUAUGUGAUUUCUCUGUUUUACAUAACUUUGCUUUAUAAAAUAAAAAAAAAUUUUUACAUGUUGUGACAGAUCUGUGGAAAAAAGUGCUGUGAAUAUUUUGAGGAUGCUCACUCUGGAGAGAAAGCGUGUGAUGGUUCAGGAGCAGCUACUGCUUUAUAGCUCUACUUUUACUGCCUGGUUUAAUCUGGUUUCAUGCAGACGGUUCUAACAGAUACUGUUGGUGGGAGGGACAUGACGCUCAAGGCCACUAAAGGCUCCCUCCAAUGGUGUUUCUGCUGGUGCUACUGUUUUGGUUUUAAAAACAGAUUUUUUUGAUACAUUCUGUCUGCUGUGUUAUUAUUCAUGUUUUGUUUGAAAUAAAAUAUAAAACCUGUUAACUUCACUGCAAUCCAUUUAAAAGGCUUGAGGAGUGUUCAAACUGUGGAACUAAGACUUGUUGAGGCGUUUGGUUGAACCUUUAAACUCUGUGUGCUGAGUUUGCUGAUUCUAGAGGAAGACUAGUUGGUUCCAGUGGAAAAGUCGUCGUCCUCCAGGAUCCUUCUGGCUGCUUUUCUCCUCUGGAUUUAAUCUACAACCAGGCUGUUAUAUUUAGGGUAUUAGAACUGAGAAAAAAUGAUUAAAGUGAUUCAUCAAC